CUGCGCCCCAGCUGCCCCCAUGGACACGCAGGGGCCGGCGGGGCCCAGUGCCGCAGAGCACAGAGACUUCUACUGGCUCCGCUCCUUCGUAGCGGGAGAAUUAGAAAAGAUCAUUACCUAACUUCUAACCGGAUGCUGAAUGCUCAGGCAACCUCAUUAGCACAUUUAGGAAAGUCUCUUUUUCAUGUGAAUGAAAUAUAUUGUGCCUGUAGUUCUGACUUCUGAAAAACAAGUCUAUUUUAAAAAAAGAAAGAAAAAGGGGGAAAUAUUAGAAAAUGGUCUAUGGAGAAAACAGACUUAUUCCCCACACAGAUGGGUCCUCAUCUCUCAUCACUGUUUGUAAAGUGUCUUAAAGGUCUGUCUACUUAAGUUUUUCAUUCUGCACUCAUCACCGUGAAUCUUAGUUUCUAAUUGUUCUAUGUACCAAAUGUUACUGUUGAACCAGCACAGAGCUUGACCAUGGAGAGAAAGCAGCCAGGAUGACAGGGAAGUUGAACUCUGUAGACUUAAAGAAGAAAAGUAAAAAGAGGAUGGGAAAGUUAAAAUAACUUGCUGAAUAACUGAAUGUGGUUGUUGGGGGCAUUCAACAGCUAAGUAGAACGGUCUUUUAAAAAAAAUCUAAAGAUCUAUUUUACUAAUUUCACCAAGUUUUUUAGGAUUUGUUUUAAAAAUUAAAUUUUUCCUGAAAAUGAAAGCUUAUUUACUUUUUUAAUACUUUAGUUCCUGGUGGGCGGGGGGAACAUUGUUCCAUUUAAAAAGAAAAUAUGGUGGAGAAAUAGUUGAUUUAGCUGUUGACAUGAACAACUCAAACUUCCCCUGUUGUUAUUGUUGGUAAGGUGUUGCAGGAUGUUGUGCCAAAACGACCAUUGCACCAUUGGAUCGAGUAAAGAUUUUACUGCAAGCUCAUAAUCACCAUUACAAACAUUUAGGAGUGUUUUCUACAUUGUGUGCUGUCCCAAAAAAGGAGGGUUACCUUGGGUUGUAUAAAGGAAACGGGGCAAUGAUGAUUAGAAUAUUUCCAUAUGGUGCAAUUCAGUUUAUGGCAUUUGACCAGUAUAAAAAGCUAAUAAAGAAGAAGCUUGGAAUUUCUGGGCAUGUGCACAAUUUAAUGGCUGGAUCCAUGGCAGGUAUAACAGCAGUCAUUUGUACUUACCCUCUUGAUAUGGUAAGAGCGCGUCUGGCAUUCCAAGUAAAAGGGGAGCACAAGUACACAGGGAUUAUUCAUGCAUUCAAGACUAUUUAUACAAAGGAAGGAGGUUUCAUUGGAUUUUACAGAGGACUGAUGCCUACAGUUGUUGGAAUGGCUCCUUAUGCUGGUUUUUCAUUUUUUACCUUUAGUACCUUAAAGAGCAUUGGACUUGCCCAAGCACCUAACCUGCUUGGAAGGCCUUCAUUAGAUAAUCCUGAAGUCUUAGUUUUGAAAACACAUGUAAGCUUGCUAUGUGGUGGCUUGGCUGGAGCAAUAGCACAGACAAUAUCAUAUCCACUUGAUGUAACUCGUAGGCGAAUGCAGUUAGGAGCGGCUCUUCCAGAUGCUGACAAGUGCCUUACUAUGGUGCAGACACUGAAGUAUGUAUAUAGGAACCAUGGACUACGAAGAGGAUUAUACCGUGGUUUAUCUCUGAAUUAUAUUCGUUGUAUACCGUCCCAGGCUGUGGCUUUUACCACAUAUGAGUUUAUGAGACAGUUGUUGCACCUCAACUAAAUUUUUUCUUAAACUUCACUGAAAAACUACAGUAUCCGUCUUCAUGUUAUGUUUGUGAGUAAAUUACUUGAAAUGGGAAAUUUAAUCUCACUGUGAACUAUUGGAGUUUUAGUACUUAAUUUUAUUUGCCAACAAAAAAAUAAAAAAAAAUGCAUGGGGUAAUAGAACCUUUUGGAGUCAGAACAGGAAAUUGCUUAACAUGGACAUUAGCUUGCUAUAACCAACUCUUUGCACUUGUACCUGUAGGCUUCAUUACGUUAAUACGAAUACAUUAUAUAAUUUACAACCGUCACAGUUACAUGGAAAGGAACUAGAUUUUGAUACGGGUUUCAAACUGUCUGAUGUUUAGCUUUAUGAUGUCAUUCCAGGAUUUCAAUAUUAUUUAUCAUUGUAUUACUUGUUAACCCAGAAUUUAAACAUCUAAUUUUCUUAAAUAAAUAAAUAAGAUUAAAUUAACUUGAAUAAAAUUAACCUAAUUUUCACUUGCUUGUGAGAUUCUGUAAAAGUAGAACUUGGUCGCCCACAAUCUAAGGGUUGCUCUAUUUUAUUGCAUAUGAAUUGUUUGUGUACAGUUAAAUAAAUUAAUGUUCUGUAUCUUCUGAUUGAUAAACAUUUCAAGACAUGAAACUCCUUCAACUGUUAAAAUAAAUACUAGUAAUGAGAUUCAUUUAAAAACAGAAUCUUGUGAUUUUGGAAGUCAAUAACUUUGCUUGUUAUCUUUUAAAAACAAUGCUAUUACUAAGUAUGCUAUUAACUUAAAAUAGGAUCUGAUAAAUGAAAAUUCCUACAUUACAAUAACACAUUAGACAGAUCUCUGGGCCCAAUCCUGCAAGAUAUUGCAUACCAUUUUGUAAGGUGUUGAAUGCCCUCAAGUCAAUUUUCUGAGAGUUGAGGGCACUCUACACCGUGUCACAUUAGCCCCUAAAUACAUAUUUGUCUUUGUGUUAUGAGGUAGGAGAAAGCAGGGACAAGAUUGUGUAUGCUGCAGCAUUUAUGUGUCUGGACCAUGUGCACACUUUUUGGGGAAGGGGAAAAUAAAGGCUAUACUGGAGCUUGUUUACAACUGUGGACAGUUAUAGUAUGAAUAUAUAAAAUGGGUACGUGCACUAUGCUGGCUGUGCAGUAUACUAUUACCCUGAUUUUUUUUUUUCUGCUACAGUUGCUGCUCUUCUUGAGGUAGGAAAUGACUUAACAGAUCUGCUCAUACAUGAUCUACACUGAUACAAUUUCAAUUUAAACAACUCCUUCUUAGCUGAAGAAACUGUAAAACUAGAAUAAUUAUUCUUUCAGUCAUUUACUUUAAGUAAUGUAAGUUUAUUUAUUGAUUGUAAAUAUUUUGAGUGAUGUUCUGGUAAUGGAUAUAUUAACUAAACUAGUGAUUUCAUGAUCAAUAUCACUUAUUUUUGAUGACAAGGCCACAACCUAGAAUUUGAGUUUAUAGAUCAAGAAUAACUUUUGUGGUUGGAAUUUUUUCAGUUUAUUAAAAUAUAUAUAUUUCUUUUGAUAUUUACGUGUUACUGGCAGAGAAUGAGAUGUAUUUGAAUUUAUUUUAUUAAAAAAAACCUUGAAUAACAAUGAAAUAUCUUUAUACGAUUUGUAAAUAUUGCAGACAACAGAAAUGCAUGUUUCUGGAAUUAUACUAUAUUUCCCCUUGUAGGUAAACAUAAAUAAAAUUGUCAUACUUGCUUAAAAGUGACUACAGUUAA